AUGGAUCAGCCUGGCUGUCCAGCGCGGAAAUGCAGCCACGCGCCGCUCGCCGCCAGCACCACGCGCACGGCGGCGCGCUGCGGGCGGCCCGGCCCCGCGCCGUCCGCGGGCUCCGCGGGGUCGGCGGCGGCGGCGGGGUUCGCGGGGUCGGCGGCGCGCGCGGCCGGCGCCGGGGGCGUGGGGUCGCGAGCCGCCUCCGCCGCGCGCGCGCCGUCGGGCAGUGCGAACUCGGGCAGCGGCGCCGCCGGCUCGGCGCGCGCGCGCUCGGGCGACGCGCACCGCCAGCGCCGCGCCGGCCACUGCGCGCACGCGGGCGCGCGCCCCGGCGCCCGCCGGUGCUGCAGCGCGCGCUGGCGCGGCGCGUACGCCGGCGCGCGCCCGCCCGCCUCGAACACGGCCGGCAGGUCGCGGCGCGCGCGGCGGACUGGCGCGUGGCGCGGCGAGCGGCACGGAGCCGGCGCCGCGGCGUCCUGCAGCAGGCCGGCGCGCGGCGCGGGCGCGGCGGGCUCGGCGUAG